CCGCGGCUUCAUUCUGACUGUGAAGAGUAGGGAGAGAGGAGAGCUGCAGGGAGCGUCGCAAAUAGGCUUCUUUCUCCUCUCGUUUGGGCAGCAUGAAAGCCUUCAGCCCCGUACGGCCGGCGCGGAAGAGCAGCAGCAGCGGCGGCGGCAGCGCCUCGGAGCCCAGCUUGGGCAUCUCCCGCAGCAAGGCGCCGGCUGACGACCCCAUGAGCCUGCUCUACAACAUGAACGACUGCUACUCCAAGCUGAAGGAGCUGGUGCCCAGCAUCCCGCAGAACAAGAAGGUCAGCAAGAUGGAAAUCCUGCAGCACGUCAUCGACUACAUCCUGGACCUCCAGAUCGCCCUGGACACGCACCCGGCCAUCGUGGGCCUCCACCACCCCAGGCCCGCCUCCAGGACCCCGCUCACCGCCCUCAACACCGACAUCAGCAUCCUCUCCCUACAGGCAGCUGAAUUCCCCUCAGAGUUAAUGUCAAAUGACAGCAAAGCACUUUGUGGCUAGAAGGAAAUCGGUGUUUGCGGACUUUUUUUUUUUUGCACAAGAAGAGACAGCUUUUUUUCCUCUUUUUUUUUGCAAGCUGCUGAAUCCAAUUUUCAGCUGUACCUAGAGGGGAAAUCCAUAUCUAAUUAUAAACGGACACCUUUCAAGAAUAAAAUUGAAGACACCGCCACCACCUCCCUUGUUCGACACACCAUGGACUAAUCUUAAUUAUUUAUGAACAGACUUUUAAAAAAUUGCCCUUUCCCUAGUUGGAAGGCUUUGUUUAUAUACUAUUCCCACAACGGGGAGCGCAACGAAAUAUUAAAAAAAAAUCUCUUAAGGAAUUGCCCGUGUUUAAGCAGACUUUGCCUUUUUCCUCCAAAAAGGUGGAGCGUGAGUACUCGAAGGAUUUUAGUGUUCAGUUUUUCAGUGAAGUCUUUUGUCAAAAAUUAUUCUCUUUUGACACAAAUGUUAGGACUGAAUGCUUUGUAUAUAUUUAUAUAUAUAAAUGUGGGAAUGAAACUCUGAACUCUUUAAUUAGAGUUUUCUCAGAGAGUAGCAGAAAUGUGCAUUUCUGCAGAAAGUGUAAUGAUGUACGUAAUCAUGCUGAACUUUUUAUAAAAGUUUAGUUGUAAACUUAACCUUUUUUUAUACAAGAUCAAAAUAAAUCAUGUGUGCUUAUUGAA